CCCAGUACCACCACCCGCUCAUGGCUACAACCCUCACUGCGUUCCAGCCGGACACGCAACCGUUGGAAAUGCUUGAAAUGGUGGUCAUCUGGCCUUGCAAACCGCCGAAGCCAUGAUUGCCAACUCAUCAAUUUCCAUCACCGCCUACGAGCUGCUCUCCCGAACCGACAGCCUUCCGAACGGCGCAGCGAUUUCCUCUGCCGGUGCGAUUGUGCAAAUCCCAGAAUUAUUCCACAUCAAGCGAACCUCCAUCAAUCAUACCUCGUCCCCGCUCACCCGCGCCGCAUCCUUUUCCUUACCGCACCCGGUUUACCGCCGGUUCAAGCGCAGCGUGACUCUUUGAUCGGGCGACGUCCAAGGCAGGGUAACGACAGCUUUCCGGCUGGGCUUCUCAGAACACCUGCAGACACACUGAACGAAACGUCAAGCAGUGACGAUAGCGGACAGCUGGAAAACUGGGGAGUCAUCCGACAGAUAACAUGCGCCGUCCUCCGUGGUUGGGCCCCAACAACCUAA